AUGGACAACAAGAACGGAGACCAAGAUAUAUGGGAAAGUCUUAUUGCUGAAUGGGAGAAUGAUAUGGCUCCUGACAUGCAGACUUCUGGGGUGAGUUUCUCUGACUGGCAUCCAGCUGGUCUCUCGGGAAGUCGUUCGCCUGCUCCGGACCUCAGCUUGGGUAAGACGGAUACAUCACCCAAAGAGAAUCAAACAGACGCAUCUGGCCCGUUUAGCUCCCCCAUCAAUACCGAGAGUGCAGGGCAACAUGCAACGAUACAAGAGGAUAUCGAACGACUUAAACGAGAGCUUGACGAGAAAUCCCAAAUGUUGGCCGAGCUAGUCGAGUAUGUCGAUACCUCACUUCAACCAUGGACGGUGGCGAUGACAGAUGCUAUCAAAGAUCUAAGCGCAAGGUGCGAUCGGUUGGAGAAGCAUUAUGCGUGA